UGGUAGUGAGCACUCAAGUAUAAAGAUGUCGGCAUGUCUUGACCUUUGGAGAAAUAUCUCAUCAUCAUCACACUCAUCAACUUCACUCAACAACUACUACCACUCUCACAUACAUUAAAUCUUUUGAAUCUCAAAAAUGUCUCAACCAUACGCCAAAGACCAGCCUGAGGGCUUUAUCAACAAGAUCGAGCGAGUUGCCAUCAUUGGCGCUGGUGGAAGUGUUGGCAAGUACUUGGCCAAGUACCUCAUCGAGACAGGCAAGCAUACAGUCACUGCCGUCACUCGAAAAGGCAGCACUAGCAAGGUCCAUAAAGGCGCCCGCACUGCCACUGUCGACUACGAUGAUGAGAACUCCAUCGUUGAGGCCCUUCGAGGCCAACAAUUCCUCGCCAUCUCCCUCUCAGUGUCCGCACCCCCUGGUACUCAAGAGAAGAUCAUCAAAGCAGCCGCCACAGCAGGUGUUCCUUGGAUCAUGCCUAACUGUUACGGAAUCGACAUUACUAAUAAGUCACUCGCCGAGGAGAACCUGACUGGUGGAAGUGUGUUCCCAGGAAUCAAUGCCGUUGAAGAAAACGGCGUAUCUUCAUGGAUUGCCAUGUGCUGCUCCUUCUGGUACGAGUUCUCCCUUGCUCAAGGUCCUGAAUGGUAUGGCUUCGACUUGGCCGGCGACAAGAAAAAAGUUACUUUCUACGAUGACGGUAACACCCGGAUCAACACUUCAACCUGGGACCAGUGUGGUCGAGCUUUCGCCGCUCUUCUGAGCCUGAAGGUUAUUCCUGAUGAUGAGAACGACAUGUCACCUACCAUCUCCCAGUGGCGCAACAAGCCCCUCUACAUCUCCAGCUUUCUCAUCUCUCAGCGAGAGAUGCUCGACAGUUUUCAACGGAUUACUGGUACUACGGAUAAGGAUUGGGAGAUUGAGUAUGAGGGUACCAAGGAGCGCUGGCAGCGAGGCAUGGAUCUUCUUAAGAAGGGCGAUCGUUCUGGCUUUGGACUUGCCAUGUAUGCUCGAACGUUCUAUCCCAAUGGUGAUGGAAACUUUGAAGCUAAGCAUGGCCUUGCGAAUGAGGCUUUGGGUCUGCCAAAAGAAGAUGUGGAUGAGGCCAAUAAGAGGGCUUUGAAGAUGGUUGAGGAUAAUUACAACUACUUCGUGAACCGAAACCAUUAAAGGUAGAGUGCAACAACGAGAAGGAAUUGGCAUCGGAUGUAUAAGAAGCUUUUAUAGACUGGACUUUCUAGACGAACAAGUAAUACUGUCACUCACGCAUAACUGCACUCCCCAAUGUUUGAAUGAGUGAUAAAAAGGAAGAAAUGCUUACGAGCAAAAGAAUGGUCCCGCUCGGGCUCGAACCGAGGACCUUCUCGGUGUAAACGAGAUGCCAUAACCAACUAGGCCACGAGACCAAUAGAGAUGCUUAAUGAGGUCAGAUUUGAG